UUUUCAUUUCUGGCAAACAAGGAAGAAGUAUGGCGACAGGACCUCGUGACCGUCUCAUGCAGCUGGAGAAAAUAGAGCAUGACAUCGGUUUCUGUAUACAAAAUGCCGGUUUAGCUCUACAAGAACUUGCCAAGGACAAGCCAGUUCCUAACAGCGUCACAAGCCACACCACCAACUUCCUGAAGACUCUGCAGGGAAUAGACAAUGGAAUGACGCUACAGCUCAACUAUCUCACACAGUACUCCAAUGCCAACGCCCACGAGGGUUCGGCAUAUGGUCCCCAGAAAGAUCUCCACAUGGCAAUCCACCGAAUGCAACAUGUCCGCAAGCUACUGGAGAAGCUUGAUAACAUUCGCAUAGAGCAGACGAAAAAAACACCAAGGUCAGGUGCAAGGUCAAAUGCAAAUUCAAGGUCAAGUGCCAGUGGCACAGACAUAUUCCUUGCCAGAACAGCAUAAAUGAUGACUGCAUCUAUCGCCAAUGGUAAAGAGAAAAUUUCAAAGACUGUAUGAUGACAGUGAUGAAAUCUCUCUGUGACCUCUCUAAGGAUUGCUUCAUCUCCCUCACCCACCUCUGCAGAAAGGUGUCAUAGGUGUCUGGGGUGUUGCAGGUGGGGUGUCUCAAUGGGCUAGGGUGUUCUAGGUGUCUGGAUGUAGGUGUCGCAGUGGGCUAGGAUGUCUUGGGUGUAUAAGGUGCUGUAAGUAUGGGCUGUUAGUGGCUAAGGUGUCUAGGGUGCUGUAGGUAGGGGUGUCAGCUGGACUAGGGUGUGGGAGGUGCUGUAGGUAGGGGGUGUCAGUGGAGCUAGGGUGUCUGAGGUGCUGUAGGUUGGGGUGUCAGUUGGACUAGGGUGUGGGGCUGCUGUGCAGGUAGGGGGUGUCAGUGGGCUAGGGUGUCUGAGGUGCUG